AUGACAGUCGGUCCUCAAGACCAAAAGCCUAACCCCUCCCUGGGCGAGGAAGUCCAGUACCACGGUUUCAACGGCAUGUGUCGAGAUUCUUCAAUAGAUCUGUGCGAGAAGUCAGAUGAAACAAAAUCCAGCAACACGAAAGACCUGAAGUCGCAAUCUUGCGAACUCCCAAAAUACUCGAGCAACCAUCAAGACUGCCGAUCCCAACCUCAAAACGACCAGAACAAGACAACCAAACCCAACAAACGCAACUGUCGUCAUCAAAAUGCUGCCGCAAAACCUCCUCUUCCAAAGAAGAAAAAGAAAUUACAGAAGACUAAGCACCCGCGUCGAGAUGGCCCGGUCGAAAGAGAGAGCCUUUAUAUCCGCCUAGGGUGUUGUUGUAUGUCCAUUGAAUUCGAUCUUUCUUCCUACAAAAAGAAAUUCGUCAAGAAAGCACGCAACAACAUCCACAACACCGUUGAUAAUGGAAACACGACAAAUGAAAAAGACAUGUACCGACUCCCCAACUCUUUGUAUCCUCCUCGGGACUUCUUAACUGGUGAAUUUAAGAGUUGGUGGAGUAAAAUGCUUGACAAGAUCAACAAGCCGAGGGACAUCGCUUUUAGAACCGGUACACUGAGCUCAUCUUCGAGCAUGGUUGUCAAGUCAAGGUUGGAGGAUUAA